UCCUGGUCAGCGCCCGGGCGGCAGGCGCGUUGUUGGUUUCGGGUUGUCAGGCAGCGGAGGCGGAAGAGCGACCCGGGGAGGUGACCACGGUGGAGGUGCCUUUCGGCUAUGCCAGCUGUCGCGGCCUGAGGCUCUCUACCUGCCGCAAUCAUGAAGGACAGUGGUGACUCCAAGGACCAGCAACUCAUGGUGGCACUUAGGGUCCGGCCCAUCAGUGUGGCUGAGCUGGAGGAGGGAGCCACCCUCAUCGCUCACAAGGUGGACGAGCAGAUGGUGGUUCUCAUGGACCCAAUGGAAGACCCUGAUGACAUCCUGCGGGCACACCGGUCCCGGGAGAAGUCAUACCUGUUUGACGUGGCCUUUGACUUUACUGCCACUCAGGAAAUGGUGUACCAGGCCACCACCAAGAGCCUCAUUGAGGGCAUCAUCUCAGGGUACAAUGCCACUGUGUUUGCCUAUGGCCCCACAGGUUGUGGGAAGACCUACACCAUGCUGGGCACUGACCAUGAGCCAGGCAUCUAUGCCCGGACCCUGAAUGACCUGUUCCGAGCCAUCGAGGAGACCAGCAAUGACAUGGAAUAUGAGGUGUCCAUGUCCUACCUGGAGAUCUACAAUGAGAUGAUCCGGGACCUGCUGAACCCCGCCCUGGGGUACCUGGAGCUGAGGGAGGACUCCAAAGGGGUGAUCCAGGUGGCUGGAAUCACGGAAGUGUCCACCAUCAAUGCCAAGGAGAUUAUGCAGCUGCUGAUGAAGGGGAACCGGCAGAGGACACAGGAGCCCACAGCUGCCAAUCAGACGUCCUCCCGCUCUCACGCAGUGCUCCAGGUGGCAGUCCGCCAGCGAAGCCGGGUCAAGAGCAUCCUACAGGAGGUGCGGCAAGGCCGCCUCUUCAUGAUUGACCUGGCGGGUUCCGAGCGCGCCUCCCAGACACAGAACCGGGGGCAGCGCAUGAAGGAGGGGGCCCACAUCAACCGCUCUCUCCUGGCCCUGGGCAACUGCAUCAACGCACUGAGCGACAAGGGUGGCAAUAAGUACAUCAACUAUCGGGACAGCAAGCUCACCCGGCUCCUGAAGGAUUCUCUAGGGGGAAAUAGCCGCACGGUGAUGAUUGCCCACAUCAGUCCGGCAAGCACGGCCUUUGAGGAGUCCCGGAAUACCCUGACCUAUGCCGGCCGAGCCAAGAAUAUUAGGACUCGGGUGAAGCAGAACCUGCUCAAUGUCUCCUACCACAUCGCCCAGUACACCAGCAUCAUUGCUGACCUGAGGAGUGAGAUCCAGAGACUCAAGUGCAAGAUCGAUCAGCAGGCUGGGCGGGGCCAGGCCCGGGGCCGACUGGAUCGGGGUGACAUCCGACAUAUCCAAGCUGAGGUACAGUUACACAGCGGGCAGGAAGGGCAGGCAGAGAUGGGACAGCUUCGGGAGCAGCUCAUCGGUGCCUUCCACGAGCAGAUGGAUGUACGUCGGCGCCUGCUGGAGCUGGAGAACCAGGCCAUGGAAGUUCAGAUCGAUACCUCCCGUCACCUACUCACCAUCGCGGGCUGGGAACACGAGAAGUCACGGCGGGCUCUCAAAUGGAGGGAGGAGCGAAGAAAGGAGUCCUACACCAAAGACGACAGUGAGAAGGACUCAGACACAGGAGAUGAGCCAGAUAACCUGGAGCCACCAGAGGUGGCCUCAGCCCGGGAAAACAUCGCCGCCCUAGUGGGCGAACAGAAGAAGCUGCGCAAGCAGAAGCUGGCGUUGGAGCAGCGCUGCCGGGAGCUGCGAGCACGGGGUCAGCGCCUGGAAGAGACGCUGCCGCGGCGCAUCGGCUCGGAGGAGCAACGCGAGGUGCUCAGCCUGCUGUGCCGAGUGCACGAGUUGGAGGUGGAAAACACCGAGAUGCAGUCGCAUGCUCUGCUCCGCGACAGUGCACUGCGCCACCGCCGAGAGGCGGUGCGCCGCUUGGAGCAGCACCGCAGCCUCUGCGAGGAGAUCAUUCAGGGCCAGCGGCAGAUCAUCGACGACUUCAAUCUGGAGGUUCCCAGGCACCUGGAGGAACUCUAUGAAGUCUACCUUCGGGAACUGGAAGAGGGCAGCCUGGAGCGGGCCACCAUCAUGGACCGCGUGGCCUCCAGGGCCCUGCAGGACAGCUCCUUGCCCAGAAUCACUCCAGCUGGGACCACACUGACCCCGGACUCUGACCUGGAGAGUGUGAAGACAUUGAGUUCUGAGGCCCAGCACCCCCAAGACAACACCCUACCCCCACUUGGCGCAGACAGUGAGUCCUACCAUGUGUUCAAGGCAAGCCCCAGGGCCUGGCAGGCGAAGAAUUCCUCUGUGCCCACUCCACCUCCCAUCCAGGUGGGCACCCUGGUGACCCAGCAGGCCCCACAACAGGACAGCCUGGGCAGCCAGAUCAACUCUUCUCCGGACAGCAGUGAGAACCUGUCAGAGACGGCCCUGUCCCGUAAAGAGAAGAAAGAGAUCUUGACUCGAACCAAGUGUAUCACCCUGAAGGCCGCCCAGCGGCGCUCCCGGGCCCUGGGAUCGGAGGGGCGCCACCUGCUGGCACCCGCCACAGAACGCAGCAGCCUGUCUCUGCACUCGUUGAGCGAGGCUGAAGAUGUUCCUCCAUCUGGUCCACUGGCCUGCAAGCGGCCGCCCAGCCCCACACUGCAGCAUGCUAUUAGCGAGGACAAUUUAUCCAGCAGCACCGGCGAGGGCCCCUCUCGGGCGGCAGGACCUCGAGGUGAUGGCGCUGGGCCCUGGGUGCGCGCUCAGAAGAAAAGCCUUAGCAAGAAAAGGGAGGAAUCACUGGAGGCCAAAAGAAGGAAGAGGAGGUCUCGGUCCUUCGAGGUCACAGGACAAGGGAUGACUCGUCCCAAAAUACACCUGCCGGGGCCUCAACCCUCGGAGGGCAUUUCAGACCGGAGGAUGCCAGUGUGUGGGCGCCCAUCCCCUGGUGUCAGACAUUUGGCAAAGGUUACACUGCCUCUGGCCAAGAUCAAAUUUCCUCCAAGCCAGAACACAGGCUCUGGACACCCCUCACCCCUUCUUGCUCCCCCCAACCCAGCUGGCGUUUCCCGUAGAGCUACGCGUGGGCCCAGCCUGCCCCAUGGUUCAAGCACUCUUGGCAAAGAUGGACGCCUCCGGCAUAAUUGAGGGGCCCUGGUGCCUACUCUUCUGCCCCCAGGACUCAACAGGGUGUAGCAGGGACUGGGAGGUAGAAGCUAGGCAGACAGGUAUCGAAUGGAGCAAGAGCUUCGAGAGCUGGGCUCCCAUGGCUCCAUAACUCUACCAUGCUCUCCACGCGGCAAGCCGCAGCAGCUUGGCCUCCCAGCCCCGAGCAGAACAUUGUUGCCAAAAAUUUGCACAGACCUGGGGCCAGUCUUGGCUUCAGCAAUGGAGAAGAGGAGCUGAUAGAGAGAGAGGACUCCCAGGCC